CGCGGUGGCAGCGGCCCUGAUGCUGCGGCGCCCGCUGGCCGGGCUGGCGGCGGCCGCCCUGGGCCGGGCACCUCUGGACGGCAUGUCGGGACCCAGGCCCGUGGUGCUGAGUGGGCCAUCCGGGGCUGGGAAGAGCACCCUGCUGAAGAGGUUGCUCCAGGAGCACGGCAGCAUCUUUGGCUUCAGUGUGUCCCAUACCACAAGGGACCCGCGGCCUGGUGAGGAGAACGGCAGAGAUUACUACUUUGUGACCAGGGAGGUGAUGCAGCAUGACAUCGCCGCUGGGGACUUCAUUGAACAUGCUGAGUUCUCAGGGAACCUGUAUGGGACAAGCAAGGCGGCCGUGCGGGCCGUGCAGGCCAUGAACCGCAUCUGCGUGCUGGACGUGGACCUGCAGGGCGUACGCAACAUCAAGAAGACAGACCUUCGCCCCAUCUACAUCUCUGUGCAGCCUCCUUCACUGGAUGUGCUGGAGCAACGGCUGCGCCAGCGUAACACGGAGACAGAGGAGAGCCUGGCGAAGCGGCUGGCCGCCGCUCGGGCAGACAUGGACAGCAGCAAGGAGCCAGGCCUGUUCGACCUGGUGAUCAUCAAUGAUAACCUGGAUGAAGCCUACGCGGCACUGAAGCAGGCACUGUCUGAGGAAAUCAAGAAAGCUCAGGGGACAAGCCAUUCCUGAGGACCAGCUGUCCAACCCACAGGCGCUUCCCGUGCCCUGCAUCUGUCUGGGCUGCUGAGGAUCCACACAGCACCCAGGAUGGCUUCCUAACUGGGGUGGGCACAAUUGCUCCUUGCUGGCCACAUGGCAGCUCUGCACCUCAGCUGGUGUUUGGCAUGUGGGGUGGGAUUGCUGCCCACCUCCCUCCCUCACUGUGGCUGGAGGUGCCCCCCAUCUGCCUUCCCUGAGCUGUCUCUGUCCCUUCCCCUGUCCCUCCCGCUGGAGCGGGACUGACAUCCUAAUAAAGUGACUGUUGGGUUAGA